UGCGCUCUGAGGUUUUCUGGCUAGUGCUGCCGAUUCUCCUAUUCAUAUGUAAAUUACAUCCUAUAAAUACCUACUACAGCUACCCACUGCCAACAGCGCAUCUCGUUAAGGUUUCACAAUAAACACAAGACUGUUUGCCUUUAGUGUAGCUAUAGAUUUUCUAAGUUUGUAUCCGCCUGCCAGCUGCCCCUCUCAAGGACCGAACGUAACAGUGGAUUACAAAUAGCGCUCUUUCCAUUGCUUGGGUUGAAACCAACAUGGCCCCGUCGUCUCGACCUAGCAAAAAUGGAUCUAUCACAGAUGAGGAGGAAUACUACGGCGUUAAAGGAGACCGAAAGACAAGAAAACCAUUGGUGGAGAAAAAGAGACGAGCCCGUAUCAAUGAAAGUUUACAAGAGCUCCGGACGCUCCUUGCCGACUCAGACUUCCAGUCAAAGAUGGAGAACGCUGAAGUGCUUGAAUUGACCGUGAAACGAGUCGAACAUGUUCUCCGAAACCGAUCUCAAGAAGCUGACAGCAUGAACCGAGAAGCGAGUGAGAGGUUUGCGGCCGGCUACAUUCAGUGUAUGCAUGAGGUACACAUGUUCGUGUCUAACUGCCCAGGGAUAGACGCUACGGUGGCCGCAGAACUUCUCAAUCACCUCCUGGAAUGCAUGCCUCUGAACGAAGAUCAUUUCCAAGACAUGCUUGUGGAUUUACUGUCGGACACUUCCAGCAACAGCAGCACUUGGCCAAAUAGCGAAGGGAUUUGCGCUGCCCUGGCUUCACCUGGGGGCAGGAGUAUAUCGAGUGUCUCCUCAGCCUACUCUCCAGCUCCCUCCACUACAUCCACUGAGGACCUCUGCUCUGAUCUGGACGAGACAGACAGUGAACAUAACCACACUUCUCCUGAUGUCAUGGAUAACCAAGAGGUCCAAAACAUGCCAAUAACCACCUAUUCCAAGUCCAUGUGGAGACCAUGGUAGAAUUGUAAUCCUGGCCAUCCCCUUGAGAAUUAUUAAGAUUACUGUGAAUCUACCUGAAGCUAGGCCUUCUACUGUGGUUUAGAUGUAGUCCCAGAUUAGUGUAAAUUGUACCUCUUGACAUUAAAGAGGUGAUGUUGAACACAAGAUGGCUACCGGACUAUUCCUGUCUGGACCGUCUGUCAGUGGUGCCCACUUGAUUGCCCAAGUGAUUGUGGACACAUUGUAAAUAUAGAGGGGAAAUUAGAAUGAUAAAGCUCUUUGACAUUUAUGGUAAUGCCUUAAUUUCAUCUGUUUUCACUGAACAAUAUAUGAAUUUGCUCAUUUUAAAUGUAAAAGUAUAUGUAUAGACUGCUGUUUUGUAGAUGUACCUACUUUUUUUUUCUUCAUAGACCUUGAAGGAAUAUGCCAUAGAGGGGUUCUCAGAAAGAUAGGAAAGUAUUUCUACCUUCAGUGAAGGGAGGGGUAAAUUAAAUGUAAAAUGCUUAGAUGAAAACUAUUCAUUCUUGGUAGCAGGGUUGUAUGGGGGUGGGGGGCUGUGAAACAUCUGGACAUCUUAACUGUGUAUAUUGUGGCUUAUUUGAAUAAAAUAAUUAAAUUCAAAGUUCAUUUGUUUGAAUCAUGUAGAUAAUCAUGAUUGUUACUUGUCUCAUGUAUAACUGUUUCCUGUUUGUAUGCUAUUGCUGUACUUCCACUGCAUGUAUUUUGGCAUCACCCCUGCUCACCCGUGUAACGUAACUAGAACUUCUCUCAUUGUCUUGUAUUAAAUCUAUUAAAUAUGUAAUUAUUUCCCCUAAA